GGCUGAAGAGAUCCGCUUCCGGUGCUGCUGUCCGGUCACUGUAAUAAUGGCGAUGCCCUUGUGUUACCGGGCGCUGUGGCUCCCAGGGGCCCGCAGUCUCCUCCGCCGUCCCCGUGUCACUCGUGACGCCGGCCGCAUGGCUUCCUCCACCUCCCUCACCCACCCCGGCCCUCCAGAAACCGCGGAGCACGGGCACGAAGAGGUCAAUGUGUACGAGAAGAACCCCGACUGGCACGGAUACCACGCGGACGCGCACGUCGACAAGUGGAACAUGCGUGUCGUGUUUUUCUUCGGGGUCUCGGUGACGCUCGUCCUCGGCUCGGUCUUCGUACAUUAUCUUCCAGACCACGGGAUGAGGGAAUGGGCGCGCCGGGAAGCAGAGAAGCGGCUCCGAGAGAGCGAGGCGCUGGGGCUGCCCCCGAUCAACUGCAACUACUACGACCCCGACAAGCUGCUGCUGCCCGCCGACGACGAGUGAUCCCCUCCCCCACCCGCUGUCUUUAACUCAAUAAAGUAUGUGCGUGACA